AUGUCUGCGGUGAGCAGAGCUCAGCAUGACUUGCUGACACUCUUUCUCCUGGUGCUCACCAGCGUGACGGGAGCAGGAGGGAACGGAGUGUUGAGGCAACUACAGCUCCGAGGAGGAGGAGUCGACGCCUGCCUGCAUGGCGACCUUGAGCAUGACAGACUGUCCAAGUCACAGGCGGCGGCGAGCAGGAGGGUCAUGGUUCAGAGUCAGCACAAUUCCUCCAUCAAGGUUGCCGAGAGCAACAGGAGCAAGCAAGCAGCUAGCGGGAGUGAGAAGCCCGAGGACCCUUAUGCUGGCUACGAGACGAUGGAGCUGGAGAGCUCGGAAGAGGAUCGCCCCAUGUUUCAAGAGCCGUCGAGAGUCACGAGGAGAAAGCUCCAGACAUGCUACCAACAUCUCGAGCGAAGACUUGAUGGCAGUCAGUUUGAUCGAGGCUGUUCGGUCGAUCACGCAGGGCUCGCACAGACUCUAGCGCAGAAGUCGCGCAUGAUGAACGUCAGAGUCAGGCUGCAUGGCGCCGCUUCUCCUCUCCAUCACGCUGCUUCCUUGGGCCUGACUGAGAUCUUGCUCGAGCAUGGAGCGAGUGUUCACAUCAACAACACGUUCGGGGCUCCUCCUCUGCACUACGCAGCGUACUGGAACAACAUUAACGCUGUGCAUCUCCUCAUGGAGGCCGGAGCGGAUGUGAACGCGGCCAACGAGUGCUGCUGGACGGCUCUGCACCAUUCAGCGCUCUCUCGCAGCCCGGCCAUGAUGGAGCUGCUGCUGGCGUACGGGGGAGACCCUGGGAGGAAGACGGACGACGGGCACACAGUCUGGGACAUGUCGAGGGACAGGCGAGGAUCUCAUGUUGGGAUGAUGGACGCGCUCCGGCGAUAUGGAUGGAGAGAGGAGGAGGAAGUGUUGGAUGCGCUGGCUGCUGUUUCUGAUGCUCGCGAGAACAACCCAA